AUGCUCAUGCCUCGUGGCUCACCUGGAUUCAACAGGAAAUGGCUCUACAGCGCCAUGACCGAAACACCAUCUGGCCGCGUUCUCCUCUUCACCACUACAAUAUGGCUGCUCAGUCUCGUGUACUGCAAGAGAAGGUACUGGAGAGAUCCUCAUUCUGCCUUUUUCGAUAGCUCAACCGUCUACGACCAAGGCUAUAGCAGUGUACGUGAGCAGGAAGGAAUGGACUUUCUUGGCAAUUCGUCGUCUCCGACAUAUACCACAUCGUUAAAUCCCGUCAUCUGUGCAGGCAUCGCCACAGUCAGGCGUAGUAAUGUGCAAUACGUCAAUACUACUGUUAGCAGUAUGCUUGUUGGCUUGAGUCGAGAAGAACGCAGCGCGGUUCAUGUCAGACUUCUCUUUGCCGACACAAAUCCGCAAGACCAUCCAGACUACGGUCGACAGUGGCUCGGACGGCUUGAUCACGUCGAGACAUACAACGUGUCGAGUCAGACCUUGGCUCAUCUUGAAGCACUGGAGGAUGCUCAAAACUUCUAUGAAAAGGGGGUGUUUGAUUAUACCUACGUCCUCGAACAAUGCCUGAACCAUACUACGGCCCCCUUUAUCGCAAUUUUCGAAGAUGACCUUGUCUUCGCGGAUGGUUGGCUUGCGAAAACCGUCCAAGGUCUGGCACGACUCCGCAAUCUGUCAGACUCGUGGUUAUACCUUCGCCUGUUCUACACCGAAACCUCGCUUGGAUGGGACAAGGAUCAAGAUUUUUGGUAUCGAUACUUUUGGUUCACGAUUCUGCUGUUUGCAUCUGCAGCUGCAGCUUGUUUGACAACCGUGCGGCGUAUGUGUAAGCCGACUCGUAGAGUCCUUACGGUUCCCGCAAUUAUCGUAUCAUCGUUAGUGACGGUACCCGCUUGCACGGUCCUGUACUUCAUGAUUGGCAAGUACAGCAUACAUCCACUCUCAGGAGUGACAAGAAUGGACAGAUACGGCUGCUGCACACAGGCGCUCGUGUUCCCGCGAAGUCGAGUUCCCAGUCUGAUAUCAUACCUAACGCAACGAAAAGCCGGACAGACUGAUAGCAUGAUCGAAGAGUAUGCGGACGCGUUGAGACUUGAGAGAUACGCGCUGUCACCUCAAGUGGUUCAACAUAUUGGACUGGUGUCGAGUCGCGAUAAUCUCGAAAUCAAUACGAAAAGCACUUGGGCUUUCUGGUUUGAGGCAAAUGAUGCAGCACGAUUGCGUGCAGAGCAUGAAGAGUUGGCAAAAGGAACCAUUUGGAGGGCCAGCGGUAGAGAUACUUCGAUCUGA